UUGGUUUUGUUCCUUCUUUCCCCAUAUUCCUAGUUCAGAAUUCAGAUUGAUCAAUUCAAACCCCAUAGAUCAUACAUACCCUCUCACAAUCCUCAUUGAACUCUCUCUACAUCUCUCUGUCUUUCUCUCUUUCUUUAUCUAUGUUUAUUUAGUGCCUUUUUGUUUUGCAUCACCCAAUCAAUCACUGACCCCUCUUUGCUCCCUUCUCUUCAUUGCCCAUAUAUACUGUGUUCGCAAAGUUUCUGACUUUGUGUUGCGAAGAUGAGCGGUGCGGGGUUUAGGGCUUCAAUUCCGACCAGUGUGAGGAGGACGAUCCAGAACAUCAAGGAGAUCACGGGCAAUCACAGUGAAGAGGACAUCUAUGCAAUGCUCAAGGAAUGUUCCAUGGAUCCCAACGAGACCGCUCAGAAGCUUCUCCUUCAGGACACAUUUCAUGAAGUCAAGAGAAAGAAAGACCGAAGAAAGGAGAAUCUUAACAAUAGAGAAUCUGUGGAGCCACGCUGGAGGCCUGGCACCCAAGGGCGGGGAGCUAGGGGUGGUCGGGGAAAUUUUUCACCUCAUAACGUAUCACAUGAUGCUGGUGGUGGCAAGAAUUCUGGUGCAGGGAAAGAUAAUGGAACUCAUCAAGCCACUGUGAAAGUUGUGCCACCUAUGGCAGUUUCUCAAGAGACAACAUCUAAAGAAAAAAAUCCAGGAACAAGCUCUGUACCCAUUAAUGCAAAUGGGCCAACAAGUGUAAUUUCUGGAACUAUUAGUGGCUCAAGUCAUUCCUCUUCAUCUGCUGGAACUGGAGACAGAUUGGGUCCAUCUUCUGGUGAUAUAAAUAAUUUGAAUAGUGCUUCUCCUUCUGAUAGUUCAAGUAAAGUUGCUGGAGUUGCUUCUGGAAGCGGAUCAAUUCCUUCCUCCAGUAUCCACCCAGGGUCUGGGCCAGCAUCUUCAUCGGCUGCCUAUUUCUCUUCUUCAGACCCAGUACUGGUUCCAUCUGAUGAUUUAUGGUUUCCUGGUGCGGCUGGUGCAAUUAAACGUGAAAUGGGAAACCUACACCCUCCGGGGGAAUCAAGUGUUGUUAACUCGGCCAAAAACAAAUUAACUGCUGCUUCUGAGAGUGGUGGCUCUUCUGUGCAAGGAAAGAUUCAAGGCAAAUCCCAGGUAGCAGCAAAGAAUCAUGUUGCUGAGAUGUCACCCACUUCAUCAACUGUAACUCAUAGUAGCCCUUCAAUUAGUAGACCUUCUUCUAAUUACAGUACCCGAUCACAACAAUUAAUUGGCCCUCAAAAAGCUGGUACCAAUAAGGAGUGGAAACCAAAGCCAACAUACUCGAAUAAUCAGGGUUCCAGACCAGCUAGUGCACCUGAGGCUCCUGUUUCAGUUGACCCAAUUGGGCAAUCACAAUCUGCAUCUAGUGUCCUUAACUCUGAAGAAGCUACAUCAAAACUUCAGAGGAAGCUGGAGGAUUUUCAUCUUCCGCAGCGUCAACAUGUUAUACUUCCAAACCAUAUCAUUGUGCCUGAUUCUGAAAAGAACAAGUUUAGCUUUGGAAGUUUGGGAGUUGCUUUUGGAGUUAAUACAACAUAUGUUAGUGGCUUAGAAAGUGAGAAGAGUUCUACACCUGUUUCUGAAACUUCUCAGACUAUUGAAGAAACUGUGGAGGAACAGGAGUCAAGUCAAAAUGCUGUGGUUAAUUCUGAAGUUGGAGAUUAUCCUGACCAUACACAAUCACCCACUAAUGGAGUCGACAAUUUGUCAUCCAUUGAGGUUGAUGGCUCUUCCAGUUCUAUUCAAGAGUAUAAUGAGUCCAAGCAAGACACUGCUUUGCCAUCGGGAGGUCAUCAGUACUCAGGGGUGCUUACUUCUCCGAACUACAGUUUUGGUUUUGUGCCGCCAAUGUUGGGUACUCAGCUUACACCGUUUGACAAUUCUGAGUCUCAAACACGUGAUGCUUCUCGGCUUCCAAGUUUUAUCGUUCAUCAACAAUUGGAUCCAACUAGUUACUAUGCCCAGUUUUACCGAACAGGUGCUGAUAGCGAUGGUCGCCUUUCUCCUUUUUCUUCUGCCGGGGCGAACACCAAGUACAAUGGCAAUGUUACAGUGCUUCCUGCUCCAACUUCUCAAUCUCCGCAAGAGGGAGGUGUCUUGUCCACCGCAGGUCCAGCGCCACUAGUGACUCAAGCUGCUGGGUUGAUGCAAAGCUCAAUAGCUGUUACCCAACAGCCUGUCCCUGUCUUCCGACCCAGUGGGGUGCAUAUAUCCCAUUACCCUCCUAAUUACAUUCCUUAUGGUCCCUAUUUUUCACCAUUUUACGUCUCACCUCCAGCAAUCCACCAAUUUUUGGGCAAUGGUGCAUUUCCUCAACAACCACAGGCAGGCACUGUAUAUCCCCCUCCCCCAGCUCCUACAGGAAUGAAAUAUCCUCUUCCACAAUUCAAGCCCGGGGCAAAUGCUGCGAACCCAACUCACCUUGUAAUGCCAAGUGCCUAUGGUGUAUAUGGCUCCUCUGCUGCUGGUUACAAUCAUAAUUCUGCAGCAGCUGCGGGGAAUUCUACCUCGAAUGAAGAUCUUGGUUCAUCUCAGUUCAAGGAAAGUAAUGUAUACCUCAGUGGACAGCAGACCGAAGGUUCAGCAGUAUGGGUGGCUGCACCUGGCCGAGACAUUACCAGUAUGCCUACUAGUACAUUCUACAACCUCCCACCUCAGGGUCAGCAUGUGACUUUUGCCCCAACUCAGGCUGGCCAUGGCACCUUUGCGGGCAUCUAUCACCCUGCACAAGGAGUGACGGCAGCAACCGUUCAUCCACUGCUACAACAAUCCCAGACAAUGGCUGGAGGAGUUGAUAUGGUAGGUCCUGGAGGAAACGUUUAUCAGCAGCCUCAGCAUGCACAAAUCAAUUGGCCGAGCAACUACUGAGGCCUGGAGUCAGUCUUCCUGACAGCUAAAUUAGAUAAUUGAGUCCUAUCUGGGGGAAAUUUUUGAGGAAUGCCAAAAUAUGGUUGGAUUUCUAUGAGGACAACAUGGCAAUUGGCUAUAUUUGAGUGUAAAAAAGCUGGAAAAUUUGCCAAUAUGAUCUACUGAUUGCUUGGAUUGAGGACAUAUGAAGGUUAGGACACCUGUAACCGAUAUUGACCGUUAAAGUUAGAUGAGGUAGAAACAUAUGCAGGCCUCUCUUUUUUACUCCUGCUAUUUUGUGUUACCAUUAAUACCUUUUCAUAGCUCCAAGCUUUCCCUUCCCUAUCUUUUGUUGAGGUCCUUGAACUCUGUUAAGAGUAUUGUUGAGUGAUGAUGAGAAAUGUCCAUUCUUUCUUUUUAGUUUGGGUUAUAGGGUUUGGAAGGUUUAGGUUGGUGGGGAAAGCUUUUCUGGUGCCCCUUGUCUUACCUGUAAAGUGAAUUUUGAUAGCAAGAAAAUCAUUUACUUAAGCUGUUGUAUUGCUAUGGGCAAA